AUGACGAUCGUGACAGACGGGCUGGGCAGCGGCCGGCGCUCACAUGGGCCCAAGAACGCUCUCCGAAUACGCAACGACUACGGCAUGAUGGUGGAUGACCGGGGCAACCUGCGGAUCCGAGGCGGGAACGUGACGGACACGAAGAACUUCCCGUACAUGGCCGCCAUCAUCAUCAACGGACGACUGUGGUGCGCGGGCGCCAUCGUCGACGAGAACUGGGUCAUCACGGCUGCGCAUUGCUUGAACUACGUGCUACACGUGUCGCCCCUGAAGUCGCUGGGCCAGUACGUGAAGGUGCGCGUGGGCAGCUCGCGUCCGCACGAGGGCGGCACGCUGGUGGAUGUGGUUGGCGCCGUGCGGCACCCCAAGUUCGAGGAGGAGCCGGUACCUCACGCUGACGUUGCGCUCCUGAAGCUGGCUGAGAAUCUUGAAUUCCACGACCAAGUGAACCUGAUAAAGAUUUACGAAGGAGUAAAAGAGCCGUACGCGCAGAGCUUUGUCGUGGUCAGUGGCUGGGGCGCGACAAGAGGAUCAGACACGGCCUUUCGCGACCACACGCCGGACCUUUUGACUGCCAGGCUGAAGGUCCGCACGCAACACUACUGCGUGGAUGCAUACCAGCUCGUCAACGGAUUCCAGUUUACCCAGGACUUCUUCUGCGCGUCAUUGAGGAAUGGUACCAGAGAUGCUUGUCUGUUCGACGCAGGCGCUCCGGCUGUACAGCAGAAUCGCCUGAUGGGCGUCAUGAGCUUCGGGCCCGAGCGCUGCGGUCACGAGUACCAGCCCGCUGUCUUCAUUAAGGCUUUUUACUUCAGGGACUUCGUAAAAUCAACGAUAGCGUCGUACAAGUCAACAGCAGACCUGAUCGAGGCGAUGCAGGAGGCGGACCCGGUGGUGACGUCACACCACCUGCAGCCCGUGCACGCCGGCCACGACGGCUACGACGGGCGCCCUGAAGACGUCACACUGCCCGACGAUAGGCACGACUAG